AUGGCCAAAGGCGACAAGGAGGAGGCUCCCACAGAUAAACGAGUGAUUUGGCUCGAGCAGCGCAUCAAUACAGCGCUUAGACUAAAGGCAAUCGACUCUAAAAAGUUCUUAGAUAAUGAGGAAAACCGCGCACAAAUUAAUGAGUUCCUUGACGUUUCAGACGCACAGCACCUUUAUGUAUAUCAAGUAACCGGCGGCACCCUCAUCGCAAGGAAUGAUGCUCCUGAAGAAAUUAAAAAAAAGGGCAUGUAUUUUAGUAAAAUGAAGCGUGAAAAAAUAACGGAUGACAACCAUAUGAAGGACGUCAUCACGUUUGGGGAUCUAACACCAGAUACCAUUAGCUCCAUUAACACAUUCACAUGUGACGUCUAUGCUUCCAUCUUGAAAGCCGACAAACGCAACAUGAGCACCAUUCCAGACGUUGCGGUUGAUGAGCUCAUGAGUGAUACUAAUGAUCUUAUAGGUAAACUUCUCGUGACCCUUGGCCUUUCACAAGGCAAGACAUUGCUGCCCGUACCGGACGUGGAGUUGUCUGAAUGUAUUGACGGCACACCAAUCGACAGGGAGUUGCUGUAUACGCUUGAAAAUUCAAUCGUGGCGUGGUCUUCGCAAAUCAAGGAAGCUAUUUCUUCUUCCCCAGAAGAGUUGGAGGCGGCAGCCACACGUACCGGUCAUUAUCCUUCUCCUGUGGAUGAAAUUACGUUUUGGAAGAACAAGUCUGAAAAUCUCACGAAUCUUGAGGAUCAGCUGUAUUCAGUGAAGCCACUCAAAAUUCUUGUUAUACUGAAGCGAGAGAACAGUACCUAUUAUGCAUCAUUUAUCCAGCUCAUGAGCUUGCUCAAAGAGGCUUCAUAUGAGACCUGUGAUAACUAUCGUUAUUUGAAGGCAUUAAUUCCGGACUUUGAGAAGAUCUGCAUGCAGAGUCGCAGCACUAUACCGUUUGUGGAGCUUACCAGCAGUGGUAUUUUCAAGCGUCUUUUUCACUUUUUAUAUAUCCUCUGGACACAAUCGGGCUUUUAUAACACCACCUCUCGCCUUGUCUUUUUAAUACGCGGGAUGGGCAACGCGCUCAUUGAGAUGGCCAUGGACUAUAUCAAUGUCGCUGAACUUGCAGGUGGCUUCGAAAAGAGGGAGGUAAUUGAGCGGCUGAGCACGACCUUGGCGAUCUGUGGCGAGUUCAAAUCAUGCUACUUCCAGUAUAAGUCCUAUGUCUCUUCGGUGUCUCGUCCGUGGAAGUUUCAGAAUGCCGCGUUAUUUUCCCGCUUGGACGUCUUCCUAGAGCGGUGUCAUGAUCUUUUGGAUACCAUUGAAACUGCGCUCUUGUUUGAUAAAAUGGAGAAUAUGAAAAUCGGCGGGACGCGCGGUCCGCAGCUCACAUUAGAGGUUGAAGACAUCAAAGUAAAAUUUACCACUGCGCUUGGCAACUUCUUCAGCGUUGAGUAUGACCUUUUGGAUAUCACCAACACAUCCUUUGACAGCGACUACGACAUUCUGAAGCGCACGAUUCAUGAUCUUGAGGAACAUCUUGGUACCAUUCUUAUGACAACCAUUGAAGAAUCUAAGGCGAUUUCCGAGGUUUUUAAGGCCGUGGACACAUUUGACGGUUUCAUUGACCGACCUCUUAUUCAGCAAGAGUGGGUGAAGAAGCAGGUGGUGGUGCUCAAGAGCUUCUAUCAGGACCUCCUGGCAGUGCAGGAUACCUUCUACCGGAGCGAUGACGCCGGGGUGUACCGCAAUAUGCCGCCAGUGGCCUCAGCGGUCGUACGUAGUAAGGCAUUGCUGGAUCGCAUCAGCGAAGGCUAUAAUCGCGUGAUCGAGUUCUCGAAGUCCAUCGUGGAGAGUGAGGAAGGCAAGGAGGCCAUGUCAUUGUACGUGAAGAUACGAGCCAUGCUCCAAAACAACAUCAGUGAGAAGAGUGAGCAGUGGGCUUCUGAGGUCGGCACCAUCAGUAGCCAAAAGCUACAUCUCCCUCUGUUAUCCAUGGACAGCGGCAAUAAGCUCAAGGUUAAUUUCGACCCGAUUCUUGUCAAGACAUUGCGAGAGGUUUAUUAUCUCGAAGUUAUGAACUCUUACAACGCCACUGGCGUGCAAAUGUUUGAGGUGCCGAAUGAGAUUCAGUCGAUCUUCGCCAAGCGUGGUACAUUCCGUGCGCAGGUUCUCAAGCUAGAGUAUGUUUGCACUACUUUUAACGACCUCAACACUAGCCUACGCGACAAUGAUGAACGCCCACUUAUCCAGGAUGAACUAGACACCUUCGAAGCGUACAUUAAGCGUGCCAUCAAUGAUGUACGUUGGGAGGAUGAAGCGACUGCGAACGAAUACAUCGAAAAGGCUGUUAAAGAGGUGGGCGCAAUUGACAAACUUGUUUCGACCUUGCACUCAAAUGUCAACACUAUAAAGGACUUAAUAAUGGAAUACAGGAAAGCUGACACCUUGUUUCCGCUCAACCCGAGCCGAGGCGACACCACCAUGACCGAACUCGAGCUCCGAAAGGUCCUUGAGGAGCAGAUUCAUACAUACUCCAAAGACCUCAAGGCUCGCGGGGAAAGGAUUCACCUACUAAUACAAAACAGCCUUGACACUCUAAAUGAGCUGAAGGCAGCAUCAGGGAGAAAUCACGUAAGCGCCGACAACCAAAAAUGGGAAACUUACCUCGAAUAUGUCAACUCUGAGUUAAAAGAGUCGUUGUGCUCUACCGUCCUUGAGUCGCUCGAAAAAAUCAAAAAGCAGAUUAAUCCAGAAUGGCUUAUUGAGCAAGAUGGAAUUCCUCUUGUAGAUAUCAAACUAUGUUUGUCAAGGAGCACUCCUGAACGACCGGUAGUUGAAUCGAGGUUUGAGCCAGCGCUGGUUUCGAGCUCUGAGGGUUCCCGAUCGAUUCAGACACUAUUCGAGAACUUUAUUCAUGGGAUUGAGGAGGCGGCCGGUUUGAUUAAAUCCAUUUACGGUCCGACCCCGUACAACGAAGAAGUACACGGAAAUGGGGAAGUGCAAAUCGCUCUUUCCGAAAUUAUGUCAUUACUUGGGGAGAACAACCAAGCAUGCGAAGAGUAUCGUUGUUUGUACGACGAAUUUAAACAUUUGUGGAGUACCAACCGAAAAGAAGCUUUCGAUUUAUUUAUUAACAAGGACGCCGCGAAGUGUCGUCGUUCGAGCUUGUCUGUUGAUGAAACUAGCCUUAUGAAUGUUCAAGGCCCUAAAGAGUACUUUGAAGUGAGCCUACAAGAAUUUGACAAGGCCAUAACCGAGUACGGUCGCAUUCGUAAUCGUCUUGCUUCGAUUGAAGAUCGUCACCGUGUUGGGUUUGUUUCCAUUGAUGUGAAGCCUCUCCGUAUAGCGCUGCGCGACAUCUGCAAAAAGUGGAGGGACAUGUUCUCUGACUACCUCAUGGAAAAGAUCAAGAAUGACCUCCAGGAGUUGUUCACAUUCAUGAAGGAGGCUGAUAACGGUUUAGACGUUGAGGUGUUAGAUGGCGAUGUGGAUUCCCUCAAGUCGGUCAUGCGCUGGAUUCGAGGCUGUCGUAAGCGUAACUUAGAAGUCAUGGGUGAGGAUGAAACUGGCGAAACAAGCGGGAUGUUUCCGCCGAUUCAGGCUGCUAUUCGCAUGCUAAAGAUUCAUGCGAGCGCUUCUCCAGACGCAGAAGUUGAGCUAGCCAAGAUUGAGAAGCUUGAGGAGAUGCGUAAGCCUGCGCCCGAACUAUGGUUUGCGCUUAAUAAAAAGGCUCUAAACGCACGUGCCCAAAACUCUAUUGUGCAAGACCGCGAGGCAGAGAAGAUUAAGGAAAGCGUGAUCCUUUUUGAAAACAAACUCAAGAAUGAGGUUGAGGUUUUCCAUCAAAAUACCCUUUUCACAUACACAAUUGCGAUGGAUUCUGUCUAUGACGAAAUUGAUCACGUGUACCGCCAUUUGAUUGAGCUUGAACAUGAGGCAAAGGAGCUACAGAAUCUCCAGGACCUCUUUGAUUUGGCUAUUUCUCACUUCCGCGACAUUCGCUCUUGUCGUCAAGAGUUGAUGCUCUUAAAGCAAGUAUGGGACUUGAGUUUUCAUGUCAUCUCGGAGUUCACGGAUUGGAUGCGUUCAACAUUUAAAAACGCUGAUAUUUCUCAUUUUGAGGAUGAGUGCAAAAAGCUUUCUAAACAGUUGCAGCAGCAGCCUAUGAAGGUGAAGAGCUGGGAUGUCUUCAAAGGCGUCGACGAGCAAGUACGCAACAUGCGCACUUCUCUUCCUCUGUGUGAAUCCCUCAGUUCCCCUUCUAUGCGUCCUCGGCACUGGGAAGAGCUAGUGACGGCUACAAAACAACCUUGUACAAUCGAGCCCGCGGCCAAUGACUUUACCCUUGAGAAACUCUUUUCCCUCGGUCUACACAAUUAUUCCGAUGAGGUUCUUAGCAUCGUCGAGAAAGCCGAUAAGGAAUUGCGUAUCGAGAAAAAUCUCACCAAAAUCAUUGAAGCAUGGGGGAAGCUGUCAUUUAUUUAUCGGAAGGAUGAGAGCAUGGAUUGCUAUCUUUUGGAGCCUGUGGAUGACAUCAUCGAACAGCUUGAAACUGACAACAACGCGUUGUCAUCAAUGCUGUCUGAUCGUUUUGUCGAAUACUUUUAUCAAAAAGUCAUCAAUUGGCAAAAGAAGCUCGGUCUAGUGGAUACGUGCACCACCCGAUGGAUGGAGAUCCAGAGACAAUGGCAGAAUCUUUACCCGAUUUUUGUCCUUUCUGAAGAUAUCAAAAUUCAGCUACCUCAGGAUGCCAAAAAUUUUAGUGAGGCCGACCGUGUGUUCCGUCUGUUGAUGAAUAAGGCUCAUCGGUACCUUAACGUCAUUGAGGUUAUUUGCACUGACAAACUUAAAGACGAUCUUGCACGAAACCAGGAACUGGAGGAGACUUUGACCUACAUUCAGACAAUUCUUUUGAAUUGUGAGAAGGCUCUAGCGGACUAUCUUGAGACAAAGCGUAAAAUAUUUCCUCGUUUCUUCUUUGUCUCUGACACUGAUCUCAUUGAUAUUCUUUCCAAGGGCUCUGAUCCGCGCGCGGUGAUGGAGCAUAUGAGUAAGAUCAUUGACUCUGUUGAGACUUUUACUUUUGACCAAAACCCUCACCGUCAUGCCAAGGACAAUGAGGCAUGGGAGAUGGUUUCUAUUCAGGGGGAGAAAGUUACUCUUGUCGAUAGCUUUGCCUGCGUGGGUGAGGUCGAAAUUUGGUUGGAAGGUAUUGUGCAAUGCAUGAAGUCUUCUGUACGGCACCACAUCAAGGAGGCGAAUGCAAGUUACAUUGAAAAGCCUCGCAAUGAAUGGAUAUACCAGUACCCUUGCCAGGCUGUGAUUGUUGCCUCUCGUAUUUGGUUCACAACUGAGGUUCAUCAGGCGUUUACUCGAAUCGAAGAAGGCAAUGAUAUGGGUCUGAAAGAACUUCUAAAGAGUCAAAAAAUUCAGCUUGACAGCCUCAUCAAAGAAGUCCUCCUGGAUCGCUCUUCGAAUGAUCGAAAGAUGCUGGUACACCUCAUUACUAUUGACGUUCACAACCGUGAUAUUGUUCAAGCCAUGGUCGAUGAGCGCGUCGACUCGGUCGAGUCGUUCAGUUGGCAAUCUCAGCUACGCUACUACUGGACGGAGACCAGGGGGAAUGAGAUUCGCAUAGCCGAUGCCGAGUUCAUCAAUGACUACGAAUACAUUGGAUUGUGCGGUUGUCUGGUGAUUACAAAACUCACGGAUCGUUGCUAUAUUACCCUCACACAAGCGCUUCGGUUGAAACAGGGUGGCGCUCCCGCGGGUCCUGCUGGAACAGGCAAAACCGAGACGACCAAGGAUCUUGCUCGUAACAUGGGAGUUGCUUGUUAUGUCUUCAAUUGCUCUGAUCAAAUGAACUACAUUACCCUUGGCCAAAUUUUCAAGGGAUUGGCUAUGUCUGGUUCGUGGGGCUGCUUCGAUGAGUUCAAUCGUAUCUCCAUCGAGGUUCUUUCUGUGGUUGCCACACAGGUAGGUUCCAUUCUUAAUGCACUUAAGGAACGGAAGAAACGCUUCCGUUUUAUUGAUGAAGAGAUUAGCAUUAAGCCUUCUGUGGGUAUGUGGAUUACCAUGAAUCCCGGCUACGCUGGUCGUACUGAGCUACCUGAAAACAUUAAAUCGCUCUUCCGUCCCUGUGCCAUGUGUGUGCCGGAUCUCAAGAACAUUUGUGAAAUCAUGCUAGCAGCAGAAGGAUUUGGCGAUGCGAAGGAUCUUGCCCUCAAAUUUGUGACCUUGUACCGUCUAAACAAGGAGUUACUGUCGCCGCAGGAUCACUAUGAUUGGGGUUUGCGUGCUGUGAAGUCCGUACUUUAUAUCGCUGGUGCGCUCAAGCGUGGUGACCCAUGUCUGCCUGAGCGCAACGUGCUAAUGCGCGCGUUGCGUGACACAAACAUGGCUAAGCUGAGCAAGGACGAUGUGUACGUCUUUAUGGGCCUUAUUCGCUCCUUGUUUCCGAACCUGGAUGUCCCCAAAAAGGACAAGCCAACGCUGGUAGAGGCAUGCAAGGAGGUCUGCAAGGAGCAAGGAAACCUACCCGGUGAAAACGACAUUUUCAUACUCAAGUGUGUGCAGUAUGAGGAGCUUUUACAUGUCCGUCACUCUGUGUUUAUUCUUGGCACCACUGGUUGCGGCAAGACUCAAUGCUGGCGUUGCCUUAUGCUUGCGCUUACCAAACUUUACCAGGAUGAAUGGAAGGCAAAAGCUAUGGCCUCCUGUCUUAAUCCCAAAGCGAUAUCCUCUAACGAGCUUUACGGCUAUUUUACGCCACAAAAAGAGUGGCGUGAUGGCAUUCUUUCCAACAUCUUUCGAGACUACGCGGUGGAGUCCAAGAAGAAAAAAAACAUGAAGUGGAUCGUACUGGAUGGUAUUAUUGAUGCCGAGUGGAUUGAAUCAAUGAACACCGUUAUGGAUGAUAACAAGAUGCUUACCCUUGUCUCCAAUGAGCGCAUUCCUUUAACCGACUCCAUGCGUAUGAUAUUUGAAGUUUCACAUCUUCGCAAUGCCUCGCCGGCCACGGUUUCGCGUGCUGGUGUAAUAUUUAUCAAUGAAAGUGACUUGGGUUGGGGCCCUUUCAAGGAUAAAUGGAUAAUGUCGCGAGAACGGCGCGAGGCCACCAUUCUUGACAACUUAUUUGAUAAAUAUGUCUCAAUUGUCUUUGAGUUCUGGAAUCGUUCCAUGCGUACGAUUGUGCCAAUCAUGGAUAUUAACGUUGUACAAACGAUUUGCUUUCUCCUUGAGGGCAUUUUGAACCAAAUGCCCCAGGACGAAUUUUUGAAGCAUCCUAACGCAUCUGAAGCGUACGAAAAGUACUUCGUCUUUGCGGUCAUUUGGGCCUUCGGUGGUCCAUUGCCAAGCUCAGAUGGCCGAAUUGAUAUGCGCCUCAACUUUUCAAACUAUUGGAAGAAGGAGUUCCCUAACAUGAAGAUCAGCGAAAAUGGAUCGAUUUUUGACUUCUACAUUGAUAAAUACAAGGACGAGAAUGGAGUACCAGUUUACGAGUGGAAACCUUGGGCAGAAUUGGUCAAGCCGUACAUCCCCGAUUCGGAUGUCCAGCUGUCCACGGUGUCAGUGCAAACCACUGAUACGGUUCGCAUGUCCUACUUGAUGGGCCUUUUUAUUGAUAAUGCAAGAGGUGUAAUGCUCGUUGGCACAGCUGGUACUGGCAAAACCAACUUGAUCAUGUCUAAGCUCCAUUCCCUUGGCAGUUCAAAGAUCCUUUCCCGCACAAUUGCUUUCAACGCCCGCACAACUUCCGCUGGGUUGCAGGCUGUCAUUGAGCAGUCUCUCGAAAAGCGCUCCGGCCGCACAUAUGGCCCAUUUAACCGCAAGAAGCUUAUCUUCUUCUUGGAUGAUAUGAACAUGCCUACACCAGAUAAGUACGGUACACAGGAGGCAAUAGCGCUCUUGCAGCAGCACAUUGGUUACGGUUUCUGGUAUGAUCGUGUAAAAAUUGUUCAAAAGGUCAUUGUCGACGUGCGCUACGUUGGCGCUAUGAAUCCCAAGUCUGGUACCUUUACGAUUCUUGAUCGUCUUCUCCGCCACUUCGCCGUUUUCUCUACAAACAUGCCGGACCGAGAUGACUUAGUCAGCAUUUAUGGGCAGAUUCUUCGAAGUCACACCAAGGCCUUUCAGCGCGACAUUCGAGACUCCCUUACAACACUUCUCACUAAUGCGACAAUUGAGCUACAUUACAAUGUCGCGAAACAAUUUUUUCCCACUGCCAUCAAAUUUCAUUAUCAGUGGAAUAUGCGCGAAAUGUUUAACAUCUUCCAAGGUUUAUGCAAGUCUGACCCUAAGUUGCACACCAAAAGCUUGCAAUUGGUGCGACUGUGGGUGCAUGAAUGCCGACGCACUUUCCGGGACCGAAUGGGUGAUGAGGAGGAUAUAAAGAAAUUUGAUGCUUUACUGCUAGAAGUCUACGCCCGUGCUGGUUUCAGUGAUGUAACCGCGAAAGAGGCUACGGAGGAGCCGUUGCUCUGGGCCCCCUUUCACACCACAAAGGGAGGCGAGGAGAAUGUGUACAACGAAACCAAUUAUGAGGAGGCCGGAGCGUUUUUGGAAAAAAAGCUGUCCGAAUAUAAUGAUAACUACGUCGAGAUGAAUCUUGUUCUUUUCAACCAAGCUAUCGAGCAUGUCUGUCGCAUUUCCCGAAUCACUUCCAAUCCGAGAGGUAAUGCUUUUCUCAUAGCCAUUGGCGGCUCCGGUAAACAGUCCUUAGCUCGUCUCGCGUCUUUUAUUAACGGUCACGACGUUUUUCAGAUUUUGGUUACAAGCACAUACGAUAUCGCCGACUUCCGUAGUGAUAUGCAGGAGUUAUAUAGGAAGUGCGGCCUUAAGGGUUACCCCUUUGCGUUCAUUCUCACUGACACCCAGGUUGUUUCACUUGAGAUGCUCGUGUACUUAAAUGACAUGCUGAGCAGCGGCAACGUGCCUGAGCUUUUCAACCAGGAUGAGCGCGAUGGUAUCGUCUCUUCCAUUAUGAAUGAGGUCAAGGCGUCCGGUGUGACGGAGUAUUCUAAUCCAGAUGUGUGUUGGGAAUAUUUUAUUCAGAAAGUCCGCUCAAACCUGCACAUUAUUCUUUGUUUUUCGCCCGUGAGUAAGAACUUUGCUCAAUGGUGUCGCCAAUUCCCUGCACUUGCUAACACCACUGUUAUCGACUGGUUUCUAAGCUGGCCUGAACAGGCACUCAGGUCCGUGGCUCAGCGCUUUCUCUCUGAAAUAGAUCUUGGUGGUGAAGAGGCAACCGCUAACAUUGCCAACUACAUGUCCUUCUGCCAGGUGAAGGUAACUGAGAUGUGUGAGGAGUACUAUGUGCAGGAGAAGCGUUAUGCGUACACCACACCCAAAACCUUCCUGGAGCUCAUUGCCCUGUACAAGGAGUUGCUGAUAAAGAAAAGAGAGGAAAAUACUGACAAGACACAGCGAUUAAUCAACGGCAUUAACAAAAUCAAAGGCGCCGGUGUGCAGGUACAGGCGUUGCAAGAAGUGCUUCACCGUGAAAGCGUUGAGGUCGAAGAGGCUCGCCAGAAAACUAAUGCACUGCUAGAAACCGUUGGACGUGAGAAGUCCAUUGUUGAGGAGCAGAAUGCGAUUGCGGCUAAAGAAGAGAGUAAGACAAACAAGAUUGUUGAGGAAGUUACUUCGUUUGAGAAACAAUGCCAGGAAGACUUGGCCAAGGCACAGCCACUAGUUUUGGAAGCCUUGGCAGCCCUCGACACGCUUGACAAGGCCUCCAUCGCUGAGCUCAAGAACCUUGGUAAGCCCCCGGAGGACGUCCAGAUGGUUGCCAUCUGCGUACUUGUGCUAACGGCUAACCCCCGAUCUAUUCCUAAUGUUAAGCAGCGCACAUGGAACGAGUGUAAGAAAAUGAUGAAUCAGGUGGACCGAUUCCUCACGGAACUACGAAACUUUGAUGUCAACAAUAUUCCGCAGGCUUGUGUUGAUCAAAUCCAAGUGUAUAUAACCAAUCCCGCGUUUAAUCCUGAUAACAUCCGGUCCAAAUCCUUUGCUGCAGCCGGUUUGUGUAAAUGGGCUAUUGGCAUGAACCGUUACCACAUCGUGCGCUGCGAGGUACGACCCAAAGAAGAACGGCUUGCUGAGGCGCAACAGCGCCUUGCGACUAGCAGCGCUGCUUUGAAGAAGGUUCAAGACAAGGUGGCUGACCUCCGUUCUAAACUCAAUGCGCUUGUGAGCCAAUAUGAUGAGGCCGUCGCUGAAGCAAACCUCAUCAAGGCGAAGGCAGACAAAACACAGAUGAAGAUGAACCUAGCGCAGCGCCUCGUUUCUGGGCUCUCAGACGAGAGCGUCCGAUGGGGAAACACCAUUAACGAUCUCAAGCUCACGGCCUCGCUCUUAGUUGGUGACGUUCUUUUGUCCUCUUCCUUUGUGUCGUAUAUCGGGCCAUUUUCGGGGGCCUUCCGUGAGCGUAUUGUGCAUGGGGAAUGGGUUCCACACAUAAAGAAGCUGGGCAUCCCCAUGACCGAAUCUUUGGAUCCGACUAUGGAUGUACUUACCAGUGAAGCUGCAGUCGCCUCUUGGAAUAAUGAGGGUCUACCGUCGGAUCGCAUCUCGACUGAGAACGGUGCCAUCAUGACAAACUGCUUGCGAUGGCCACUAAUAAUUGAUCCACAGUUGCAGGGUGUGCGCUGGAUUCGCACUCGCGAAGAAAAGAACUCGCUGCGUGUUAUCCAAACCACCCAAAAGAAUUGGCAGCAUGUACUGCAGACUUGUAUCGAGAAUGGAACGCCUUGUCUGAUUGAGUCUCUUAGUGAGUUUAUUGAACCGGUUCUUGAUGGCGUUCUCAGCCGCCAAGUUUUCAGGAAGGGCGGCAAGCAAUUCAUAAAACUUGGGGCCUCUGAGGUAGAAUAUAACCCCAACUUCCGCCUUAUUCUUCAGACGAAACUAGGAAAUCCACAUUAUGGUCCAGAGGUGAAUGCGCAGACGACUCUCAUCAACUUCAUGGUCACCGAGGAUGGCCUGGAAGACCAGCUGCUGGCUGUUGUGGUAAGCCAAGAGCGCCCUGACUUAGAGAAACGGCGUGGUGCGCUUUUGCGGCAAAUGAAUAUUAUGACAAUCGAGCUGCAACAAUGUGAGGAUGGACUCUUGUACGAACUGACAAAUGCCACUGGAGAUAUCCUUGAGAAUAUUACACUUAUUGAGAACCUUGAAAAUACAAAAAAGAAGACGAAGGAAAUCAACGCCUCAUUUACGCAGGCUGUGACAACGCAAAAGGAUAUCGCACAAAAUCGUCUGAGCUACACCGACGUGGCAGCACGCGGCUCAUUGCUCUUCUUUCAAAUGGAUCAGCUCUGGCGUAUUGAUCACAUGUAUCAGUACUCCUUAGAGACCUUCAUGGUUGUCUUUAAUAAGGGUCUCGCGGCGGCGACGCAUCCAGAGAACAAAAAGAACGUGGAUGCGCGCGUGAAGCUUGUUACCACUUCCAUUACCGAGAGUGUUUUUGCCUACGUUUCUCGUGGCCUUUUCGAGCGCCACAAGCUUAUUUUCUCGAGUUUGUUGACCUUCUCUAUUCUUAGCGCUUCCAAACUAACAAAUCCCAUCCAACUGGACUUCCUGUUGCGAGGGAAGAAGAAACCUGGCGCGGAGCGUCCCGAGACGGUGGCAGAGUGGUGCACCCAGCCAGCAUGGGACGCGAUACAGGCUCUUUCCGAGGUAGAAGGUUCAACCCCUGAGUUUAGUCUGCUUCCAGGUGACAUGGCGGAGAACAACCGAUGGAUGCAAUGGUGUGAGACAGUGAAACCAGAAAACGAGAAAAUGCCUGCCGAGUGGAAGAGCUUGAACGACUUUGAGCGGCUACUGGUGCUGCGUUGCCUGCGGCCAGACCGCCUGACGGCCGCACUUGAGGCCUUUGUGAGCAAGAUGAUUGGCAGUUUCUUUGUUUCUGAUCAGGCAGUCGACAUUUCUGUUUCCUUUAACAAUUCCAGCACCACCACUCCGCUCUUUUUUAUUCUUUCACCUGGUGUGGAUCCUAUCAAAUCGGUUGAAGAGCUAGGUCGCAAGCUUGGUUUUACCUACGAUAAUGAAAAACUCUACAAUGUCUCCCUCGGCCAGGGCCAGGAGGUCGUAGCGGACCGCGUUCUUGAGCGGUGUUUCAAAGAGGGUGGCUGGGCGAUGUUGUCCAAUAUUCACCUUGUCGAGAAAUGGCUUCGUAGCCUAGAGCGCCGGUUAGAUGGAUACGCUGAGACAUACACACGUAUGGCGCAGCUUCGCAAGGAGAUUGCGGAACGAAAAGCAGCCGAGAUGGCUAGCGCAGCAGCUCGUCCAGUCGAGGUGUCCCCUGCGGCUAACAAAGACCACGAAAGUGACGGCAGCGACAGCGGGAAAUCGCUUGAACAGAGCGGUCAUGAAAAUGAGGAAGGUGCAACGGACGACGAGGAACAGCUUCAGGAUACUCAGGAGGAGGCUAUACAUGUUUCUGAUGACGAAAUCCCGUUUGAUGGUCAGAAGGGCCACCCUGAUUUCCGUGUCUUCCUCAGCGCUGAGCCGUCGGAGGUGAUCCCGAUCGGCGUUCUACAGCGUUCCUUAAAGCUUACAUCGGAGCCGCCGACUGGUAUUCGUCAAAACAUUGUGCGCGCUAUCGCUAACUUCAGUGAUGAGCCAUGGGAAAAGAGCGCGAAGCCAACGGAGUACCGUUGCAUUAUGUUUUCUAUGUGCUUUUUCCACGCUGUCGUAGUGGAGCGCAAGAAGUUUGGCCCUCUAGGCUGGAACCGUGGUUAUCCCUUCAAUGCUGGUGACCUUACGACCUGCAUGGAGGUAGCUGCCAACUACAUUGAGGACCGCCCCAAGGUACCUUGGGAAGAUCUGCGCUACGUUUUUGGUGAAAUCAUGUACGGAGGACAUAUUACAGACGACUGGGAUCGUGUUUUGUGCAUGGCAUAUCUAAGAAGCUUUAUCGUUCCUGAGUGUUGCGAUGGAUUACAGCUUGCUCCAGGGCUGUUGGUACCCAAUCCGUGCAGCUUCCAGGAAUAUAUGCAAUGGCUCACACAGGAUAAGGAAUUCCCUACAGAAUCGCCGCUUCUCUAUGGCCUUCACCCUAAUGCUGAGAUCAACUAUCGCACAACGCAGGCAGAUGUUCUCUUCAAGACUAUUAAUGAGCUGCAACCCAAGAAGCACGCUGGUGGCAACAUGCUCAGUCCACAGGAUAUCGUACAGCAGAAGAUUGAUGAAAUCCGCGAGCGGUUGCCGGAACCACACAACCUUCAGGACUUAUCAGAGCGCCUUGAAGAUGACCGAUCACCGCAACAGCACGUUUUUUACCAAGAAUGCGAACGGAUGAAUUUCCUCAUUGAUACGCUGAAGGUCACACUUGAAGAACUUAACCUUGGGCUGAAGGGCGCCCUCUCCAUGACGGCUGGCAUGCAGGAGCUGUUCGAUCAGAUCUUCCUCGAUAAGAUGCCGGAGAAAUGGGCCCGAGUGUCCUUUAUGUCUCAGCGCAUGUUGGGAUCCUGGGUGGACAACUUUAUCGCUCGUAACGAGCAGCUCAUCAGCUGGAACGUGGACCUGCAAACACCCAAGGUGACUAACAUUGCUCUCUUUUUCAACCCCAUGUCCUUCCUGACUGCCAUCAUGCAAACCAUAUCCAUUGUUAACAGUUUUGACCUCGACCAGAUGGCUCUCGUUGUGGAUGUCUUGAAGAAGUCUGCAGACCAGAUAGAAACUAGUGCACGCGACGGAUGCUAUAUUUGUGGCCUUUCAAUGGAAGGCGCGCGCUGGGAUACGACAACAGGAUGCAUUGAGGACGGUCGCCUCAAGGAGCUUUAUCCACCGAUGCCAAUUAUGCAGGCGCGCUCCCUUCCCCUCAGCAAAAUCGAUCGCCGUGAUCAGUAUGAGUGUCCUGUUUACAAAACACAGGCCCGAGGUCCUGGCUUUGUUGUCAGCUUUUUCCUCAAGACUAAGCAGCCCUCUCGUAAGUGGGUGAUAGCUGGUGUUGGGCUUUUGCUGGAUGUUGUUGAGUAG